CCGUUGUCUCACGUGGGAAUCGUGGGACGAGACCGUGCGACGAGUUCGUGCUGAUUUCUGGCGAUUUGCGUAAGUCACACUCGUGCAACGUUUCAACGGUUAAUGGUACCAGGCCUGGACGGACGAGAGGGCGAACGGCACGCGGCUUUUUGUUUCGUUUAUUGUCCACUUGUUCACGUUACGCCUUUUAACUGAUCGUGUUCGAGCGAGGAGAUGGAAGGCAGUUUCACGCGGUGGCGUGACUCCAGCAGGCUCGACGGCGGUUCCUUCGUGAUCUCCGACAGCGACAACGACAACGACAACGACAACGACGUCGCGAAUUCUAGAGAGGACGAGGAGCAUGUCAUCAUCGACGAAAGCGACGAGGAUAUCACCGACGUGUCGAACAACGUGACGCCGAGAAAGGACAAAUUAGAUGAUGAUGAUGAUGAUACGCCAAUUCGUCUGCCGAAGAAAACUGGUAAAAAGUAUAACAAGAUAGAUUCCGAUUACGAGCAGGCCAAUGACAAUACGCCGAUUCAGCUAUCCAAAACAGUAAAAAGAAAACCUCGUAAAGAGUAUAAUGUAAUAGAUUCUGACAGUGAUUGUGAGGAAACCAAUGAUGACACUACACCAAUUCACGUACCCAAAGCAAGAACUAAUAAAACGAACAAGACAAUAGAUUUUGUUGACAGUGAUUACGAACCAGUUGAUGAUGACGACGAUAAUAGCGAAAUCGAUGAUGAUGAUGAUGAAAAAUAUCAUUCAUUAAAGGAUGUCAAUGAUUCUGAUACAGAUUCUUCCCUUUCAUCAUCACCGAUUGUAACCAAGGGUACAAAAAGAAAAGACAUUAGUCACAAUAACACCAAGGAAAACAUAAAAGGAUUAAAGGUUGAUUCCUCUAGUGACUCUAUUACUAACGUGAAUUCGACUGAUACUGAUAGUUUAGAUGAGCAAGAUAAUGACUACAAAAGAGCAGACGUGGAAGAUAAACCCUCUCACGACGCACCUGCGAUUGACCUUGAUUCAGAUUCUACUAGUUUUACAGAUUCUACUAGUUUUACAGAUUCUACUAGUUCCGGACAAGUCAGCGAGUCAGAGCUUGUAAUGUCUUUCGCGAGACAAAGCAUCGGUGGAAAUGUGGAUCCAGUAGCAGCGCAGGAAAGAGCACUAGCGGUUUGCAAAAUAGAGAAGCUUAAAACUGAGUCCCUUAAGUUGAAACGAUUACUCACCGGAGUGCAUGUCGAAUUAUUGCCCGAUAAAGGAGAAAAACUGCAAGAAUCCAUAUUGCAGAAUGAAGAAGAAAUCACGAGAUUGACACUCAAAUUAGAAAAUACUCCAUUGAUGCCUUCUAGUAGUCGAGGAGCUCAAGUAACAGAAAAAUCGAGCCUGACGAAAGAAAUAUCACAAUUGAAAGAUAAGCCGCACUCGGGUUAUACGUACGAUCCAUACUUGAAUAUCGACAGUAUACCAAAAAAACCUACCACAUCUUUCCACUUGAAUGAACUUGGCGAAAAAGCACAAGCGACAUACGAACAAGAGCUCGCUUUAACAGUUGAAAGAUUGGAAGAUUUACACGGAUCGCUCGUAGAUCGUCCAUCGGACAAUGAAAAAGCAGCAGAUCCCAGGGGACUGAAGGUGCAGUUAUUGCCUCAUCAACAGCACGCUCUUGCAUGGCUUCUGUGGAGGGAACAGAAAAAACCAGCCGGUGGCGUUUUAGCGGAUGAUAUGGGCUUGGGUAAAACACUGACCAUGAUAGCUUUAAUUAUGACCACUCUUACUAAGAAAUACAAUAGUGAAAGUGAUGAUGAUGACGAUGACGACAAAUGGACUAGCAAGAAUAAAUCUUUAUAUCAGAAAGGUGGUACUCUAAUUGUUUGUCCCGCGUCGUUAUUAUCGCAGUGGGAAAAAGAAGUGCAGAACAGGUGCAAACGCGGUUUAUUAUCUGUUGAAGUGUAUCACGGCAGCAAGCGUGAGAACAUUCCAAAAAGAUUGGCGAAAAAUGAUAUGGUUAUCACGACGUACAACAUACUGUCUCGCGAACAUAAAGACAAUUCAACAUUGUACAAGAUCGAUUGGAAGAGAGUUAUACUCGAUGAGGCUCACAUAGUAAGAAAUCACAAGAGUCAAGCGUCCGAAGCGGUCUGCGGACUGAAAGCCAGAAAACGAUGGGCCCUCACUGGCACGCCUAUACAAAAUAAGGAAUUAGACUUGUAUGCUAUUUUAAAGUUUCUCAAAUGUUCACCGUUCGAUAAUCUACGUAUGUGGAAACGAUGGGUAGACAAUAAAAACGUUGCGGGCCAACAAAGAUUGGCGACGGUCAUGAAGACAGUGAUGUUGCGAAGAACUAAAGAAGAACUGAUGGCAAAAGGUGAUUUAGAAAAUUUACCCGACAAGUCUGUCGAGGAAGUAAUGGUGCAACUCGACAAGCAGGAAACACUGGCUUAUGAGAAAAUUUUGGUUUACUCUCGCACUUUAUUCGCACAAUUCUUAUCUCAACGUGCAGAAAAACAACACAUGCUCGAAUUGCAUGGUGGGAAGUUUGAUAUGCCUGCCUAUCUUUCAAACCCAAACAAGAACAAUCAGUUCACGAAAGCACAGAGCAAAUUGCUGGCCUCGCACGCCGAUGUCAAGACACAUGAGAUUUUGGUACUUCUUCUACGACUACGACAGGUAUGUUGCCAUCCAGCGUUAAUCCAUUCGAUGCUGGAUCAGGAAGACGUGAAGGAAAGUGGUAUAAUGGAUACGGAAAACGUGGAUGCUGGUUUCUUAUCCCGUGUGAAUAACAUGUCGCUCCAUGACAUCGAUAAUGUGGAGGAGGAGGAAGAUGUCGGUGUUGAUCAGAGAAUAGUUGAGAAUCUACUCACCGCUGAGAAUCCGGUGUUUAAUGAUGAUCGCAUUGGUUCUAAGAUGAAGGUAGUGCUUGAUUUGGUUAAAGAAAUUUUACAAAAAGGCGACGAUAAACUCAUCAUUGUUUCCCAGUGGGCAACAUUGCUGGAAGUUGUAGCAUCACGCUUGUCCACAAUAAAGGGUGCUACAUUUAGCAUGUUCACAGGAAAAGUCGCCAUCAAAAAUCGACAAGAAAUAAUGGAUUCUUUUAACAGUCGUAAUUCUGGUCCGAGAAUCCUGUUACUCUCGCUUACCGCUGGUGGUGUGGGAUUAAACUUGGUAGGCGGCAAUCAUUUAUUGUUAUUCGACAUUCAUUGGAAUCCACAGUUAGAGUCGCAGGCGCAGGACAGGAUUUAUCGUUUUGGUCAAAAGAAGGAUGUCUACAUCUACAAAUUUAUUUGUGCUAAUACAAUAGAAGAACGUAUUAAAGCGUUGCAAGAAAAAAAACUUGAGAUAGCGCAAAAUGUACUGAGCGGCGAUAAAAGCAACACAGCCUCGAAGCUUACGUUCAACGAUCUCAAAUCGCUAUUCGGUUUUUAAUAAAUUUAACUUUGUUAUAAGUAGAAUUAAACGGUAUGCUGAUAAAAUUUGUUUUAUUUAGUCAUAAUUGAAUUAUAGAAUUUAUUUUAUUUAAGAUGAUUGAUCGAAUCUUGAGAUGACCGAAACGUUUAAUAUAUAAUAUGUAAACACGAUUUGUUUCUUUAAAUUGACGACACUUCGUCCGAUCACCUUAGAUCCUGUGACGGCUCAUAUUGCCUUAAUUAUAUUUAUUUAUUUUAUUAUUUUAUUUAAGUAUUUUUCAAAUAAGUUUUUAUAAUGAUUUUUAAUAUGUAUUUUACUAAAUGGAACAUAUUGUAUCACUAUCGUAAAUCCUCUAUGGACCGUGUGUUUUCUUUUUAUUACCAUAUAAUUUUGUGUAUGCAUUAUUUUAACAUAUGCUUUGACUGUUUUAACUAUGGAUAUGUACCAAGUAAACACUAACAAAUAAAUAACAAAUAUAAUAUUAAUUAAUAUUAUAAAUUUCUUAUUUGU